AGGUCUGGCUGUACUGCAGUGCCACCUUUCCCAAGCAGGACUUGCAGGCUGUGCUGCCCUGGGGACAGUGUGAGCUGCUGGUGCACCCAUUUUCCCUCACUGCUGCUGGCCUCUCACUACUGGAAACCCCUCCUUGCUGCCCACAGCCAGCAGGAUGCUGAGCUGGAUCGAGCGGGUGGUCCCCCAGCCCCCAGGUGCUCAUCUGGUGGAGGAGAUCCCUCCAACCCCAGCACCAGAGCAGGAUCUGGAGCCACCUAAGGUAAGUGGGGAUCCAAGUCUGGGGUGUCAGGGACUCUGUGGGCAUGGUGGAGAGAUGCCCGGUGCUUCUGCAGCAUCCACAGAAGGGAUGAGGGCCAGGAUGCAUCCCCACUGCAGCAGGAAGAAUGGGGAGUCCCUGAGGUUUGCAGCUACCUUUGACCACGGGACACUGUCUCCUUUCCUUUUUUUCUGCUACCUUCUGCCUUUCACGUUGAAGGCACCAACAGGGAAGGCUGGUGGCCCCAGGGAUGCUGCUGACUUCGUACGCACUGAAGAAACGGACAAGAAGGUGGGAUUUGCAGUCCCUGAGGACCAAGGCUCUGUAUUUGAGAGCAUGGGGAGCAGUGUGCUCUCCUGGCUCUCCCAGGGACUGGAGAAGGUGAUUCCCCAGCCAGUCCCAGCCCCAGGGACGCUGCAGGCACUUGGGAAGAGCUUUGAGACAAGCAUUGAUGUUCCUGAUCAGACAGAGGUCCAGAUCCUCAAGGACGAGGAAGAGGAAGCUCUGGAGAUAAUCCCCUUCGACCCGGAGGAUGACAAGCUGGACGACUGUGAGCCUGAGUCUGGCUUGAAUGCUACCACCGAGGAGUGGGCAGGAGUGCGGGUGCUCAACUGGCUGGUGCAGGGCUUCGAGAGGAUGGUGCCACAGCCAGAGGUGCUGAGGAAGCCGGAGCCGGAGCUGAAGGAGCAGAAGUGUGAAGCAGCAGAGGGAGGCACAAAAGGAACUAAACCCCAGGCAAAGCCAAAGAGCAACGUUUCAGCCACCCAGAGCACCCUGGCAGCAGUGGAGCCAGCAGUGGCUGAGACGCAGCCUGAGCCAGUGGCCACCCUUGUCCCUCGGUCCCUGGCUGGGGACGGCAGCAGGGUGUUUGCCUGGUUGGUCCAGGGGCUGGAGAAGGUGAUGCCUCAGCCGGUGACAAGGGAGAAGCAGGAGGCACAGGGAAUGGAUGCAGCAACUCUGAGUCCCGUGGAAGAAAGUUUUGAGAUCAGUGCCGUUAUCAGUGCCUGUCCUCAAGAUGUGCUGGAAGGUCUGUGUGAACUGAGAGGUCCUGGCAUGUGGCAGCAUCUCACUGUUGAGCAAGGAGAACAUGAGAUCUGCCCUGGCUCUACCACUGGGCUCUUGACAAUGUACUGCUCACUUCAUCACCUGCCUUCCCCCAUUCUUGUUUCAGUACACAUUGUCCCUGAGGAGCCCAAGGAGACAGACCUCAUCCUGGAAGAGAUGGAUGGUGGCUGGAGUAAUGAAGCCACGUGUGAGGUGAUGGCCUGGGAUGUUGAGACUGAGAUGGUGGCAGAUACUCAUCCCCUUCCCCCCAUACAGGAGGAACCUCAGGAAGAUGAAAAUAGGGUGUGGUUGUGCUCCCUGAGUGCUGGUGAGGAGGAAGAGGAAAUGGAGCAGGAUGGGGAGGAAGAGGAGGAGGAGGAGGAGAAAAAGGAGGAGGAGUUGAAGGACAGUGCAGGACCCCUGCUCCUGUCACCUUGUCUCGCUGCUGAGGAGGAUGUGGAGGAAGUCUACUUUGAAGAGGAGGCCUUCAGGAUUGAGCAGCUGGAAGAAGCAGAGAUAAGUGAUCUCGAAGCUGCUUUUGUACAGGUGGAAGAGGAGACAGCUGAAGCUGCUGAAACCGAUGCUGAAGGAAGUAACCAGCGGCAUAAAGUGUGUUUUCAUAGUAAGGAGGCACCUAGCAGCAUGGCCAGGCGUGCCCGAGACGUCGAGCUAGAUCAGCUGGUGCACGACAAGCCGCUGGCUGCGGGGCAUUGCUCCCCUCCCGGCCGCGCUGAGCUAGAGCAGCUCCCCAAUGUCCCCAGCUACCGAGCCACCGCUGCCUCCCGCACCCCAGCCUUUGUCGCCAGCAAGCCCAAGGCUGCAGCUGUGAACCCCAACUUUUGCCAUGAGGAGCAGCCUCCCCUAGGUAUUAGAGAUGUUGGCUUUGGCGCAAAUGCUCAUAUAAUUAGGAGCUUGCAUGAUCCAUAUGUUUAUGUUCAGAAGACCCUGGAGAUGUUUCCAGACCUUGGGAGGGAGGUUUGCAGCUGGAAAUCCUGGGUUCCUGUCUGGCACCUGCCGCUGGUAAUCCUUGUCUCCAUCGUGUUCCAAACCAUGGGAACCCAAUGCUUGAACGGAGUAGUUACAAUCACUACAAGCUGGGAAAGCAGAAGGGGAGAAAGUGGCAGUUCUCAUGGUGUUAAACACUGGGGGAGAGAGAAAUGCUACAAAGCACUAGGAGAAAGGAGUGCCAGUCAAGAAGGGAAUGGGGGGAAAGGAGAGGCCUUCUGGAAUGUUGUGGGGUUUGGAGGCAGCUCCAUGGAGGCAAUGGGCUUUGGGGGUGCUGGGCCUGCACCCUUCUCACCUGCCAUUAUUUUCCUUCUCCAUGGGCCAGGUAAUUACCCCACUGUGGACAUCAAGAAUGUGGACAGUGGAAGCAACACUGUGGAGGACAAUGGGACCCACUUACCAGUGCCCACCACUGCCGGUAACAUGCUGGCGGUGCCCAGAGUGGCUCCACCAUCCCCCAGGAGGAAGCUGCUGGCCCCUGAGGAUGGUCUGGAGGAGGGACCCAUGAGCCAGUCCCCAACCCAAGCACUGCUGGGCUGUGAUGAGGAGCAGAAGGACAGCCUGCCUGAGCGCAUCGGUUCAGCCAUGAGCCUGAGCAGCGCUGUCAUCAACAACCGGCUCCAGGAGCUGGUGAGGCUCUUCAAGGAGAGGACUGAGAAGGUGAAGGAGAAGCUGACCGACCCCGACAUCACCUCAGAUGAAGAGAGCCCAACGGCGUCUCCUGCCAAGCCAGCACUGCCAGCAGCACCGGUCCCUCCCCCAGCAGGGCAGCCAGAGGGGGAGAAGGUGGUAGAGGAGGAGCACUACUGCGAGAUGCUGUGCUGCACGUUCAAGUACCGGCCCUGGCUGGACCGCCUGAGGAACUACCAGUUCCCCAGCAGCAUUGACCCGCUCACGAAUCUGAUGUAUGUGCUGUGGUUGUUCUUCGUUGUCAUGGCCUGGAACUGGAACUGCUGGCUGAUCCCUGUCCGCUGGGCUUUCCCCUACCAGACGCCAACAAACAUCCACUGCUGGCUGUUCAUCGACUACCUCUGUGACCUCAUCUAUCUGCUUGACAUCCUCGUCUUUCAGACCCGGCUGCAGUUUGUCCGGGGGGGAGAUAUAAUAAGUGAUAAAAAGGCCAUGAAGGAGAACUACCUGCAAUCACAACGCUUUAAGAUGGAUAUGGUGUGCCUCCUGCCCCUGGAUUUCUUCUACUUCAAAGUUGGUGUCAACCCACUCCUGCGCUUUCCUCGCUGUCUGAAGUACAUGGCCUUCUUCGAGUUCAACAACCGCCUGGAGGCUAUCCUGACCAAGGCGUAUAUCUACAGAGUGAUUCGGACCACAGCCUAUUUACUGUACAGCUUGCAUGUGAACUCCUGCCUCUAUUACUGGGCAUCAGCCUAUGAAGGACUGGGCUCUACCACCUGGGUCUAUGAUGGGGAAGGAAACAGCUACAUCCGCUGCUACUACUGGGCAGUCAAAACCCUCAUCACCAUUGGGGGCCUGCCGGACCCCAAGACACUGUUUGAGAUCGUCUUCCAGCUGCUGAACUACUUCACGGGUGUCUUUGCUUUCUCCGUCAUGAUAGGGCAGAUGAGAGAUGUGGUCGGUGCCGCUACCGCAGGGCAAACAUACUAUCGGAGCUGCAUGGACAGUACCAUUAAGUACAUGAACUUCUACAAAAUCCCCAGAACUGUUCAGAACAGGGUGAAGACGUGGUAUGAGUACACAUGGCAUUCGCAAGGCAUGCUAGAUGAGUCCGAGCUGCUGGUGCAGCUGCCAGACAAGAUGAGGCUGGACAUCGCUAUUGAUGUGAACUACAGCAUCGUGAGCAAAGUGGCUCUCUUCCAGGGCUGCGACAGGCAGAUGAUCUUCGACAUGCUGAAGCGGCUCAGGUCCGUGGUCUACCUGCCCAAUGAUUACGUGUGUAAGAAGGGAGAAAUUGGCCGUGAGAUGUACAUUAUCCAGGCGGGACAUGUGCAGGUGCUGGGGGGACCUGAUGGCAAAACUGUGCUGGUGACUCUGAAACCUGGAUCCGUGUUUGGAGAGAUAAGCUUGCUGGCAGCAGGAGGGGGCAAUCGCCGAACAGCAAACGUCAUUGCUCAUGGCUUCGCCAACCUUUUCAUUUUGGACAAGAAGGACUUGAACGAGAUUUUGGUGCAUUAUCCAGAGUCUCAGAAGCUGCUGAAGAAGAAAGCCAAGAAAAUGCUGAAAAGCAACAAUAAACCCAAAGAUGCGAAAGGAGUCCCUGGAGACUCGCUGAUCAUUCCCCCAAAAGCUGACACCCCAAAGCUCUUCCAGGCUGCUCUGGCUGCAGCAGGGAGGAUGGGGGGCAAAGGGCCAUUGGCACAGCUCCGCUGGAGGCUGAGGGAGCUGAAGACGAUGCAGGUGACGCAGGAUUACAGAUUAAGUCCGACCCCACCAAAAUCACCAGUGCAUCAGAGGUCACCCGUCACCUCCCACAAAGCACGCACCCACCUGGGAGAAGAAAUCUUCUCUAAAUCAUCUGAUAGUUUAGUCACUAUUCGUGUGAUUUCCACAGCACAAGAAGAUGAAGAGAUCCUUGCUGCUGAGAUUUCUGAGCAAGAAGAGGAAAAAAAAGAUAAAUGAGAACCAAGCAGGUCCUGGGGCAGGACUUAGGAGCUGUAGCUGUAGGCUUCGCUAGGUGCUGCAGGUAGGAUCUGCACUUCUUUCAGCUUAGACCUUCACUCACUGUUGAUAAAACCCUCUGCCAUAUGACCCAAAAUCAUAGAAGGUUUCUGAGCUCUGAAACCUGAGCAUCUUUAUGAAUGUUCCCAUUAAGUCUCAGGCGAGCCCUCUUGCUUUGAAAUCCAGCCUUGCAGAGAGGGAGCCCUGAAGAAAUUGCUUUUUAUGGCUCUGGGUAGUUAAUGAGUAUUCAGGUGAAGCGUGAAGAGUUCUUUGCCUCUGACAGCUGAGUCACAGCUUGGUCGGAAGCAAGCAGGGGAGAUAAACAACAAGGUUUCUCUCUUGGGCUUGAGGUAGUCAGGAGCAGGUGAAGAGUGAUUAAUUCAAGAAGGAUGUGGACUAUGCUCACAGGCUGAGGACAGAUCCACUGUCACAACACCACCGAGGUCUAUCCUUGUGUGCAUGGACCGCAAGAUGCUUGAGGGUCCCUAUGUGGUGCCAAGACUACCUUGGGUUUCCUGCUGGGAAGAGGAUUUCCUACCAACCAUUCAUCCCGGAGAGGAGAUGGGCUCUCCAUAGCUGGUGGUUGUUAUGGAGAGAUGUGAUGAGCAGCUUUCAUGGAUGGAAAAGCACAGUCCUGUGUGAGAAGGUGUUUCUGGAGUUUCUAUGGGUGCACCAGCUGGGAGGGAUAAACUGAGUGCAGGAAAGGAGAAACCCUGUUAGUUUACAGCUGGGUCAGGAAAGUGCAGUGCAGAGUGUGCUCUCCUCUCCCAGCCAGUGUUUUAGAGUCAGGUCAGAGCCCAUAGUGUGCAAGCAAGAGUGCACAAGUGUGCAGGUGGUCCCCUGCCUCAUUGCUGGACCUCAGUGAUUUACAACAUCUCCAGCAGCCAAUGUCCAGCCUUUCUGGUCACUUGGUUGGCUCUUGGCCACGUUUCCUGAGGAGAACCCAUGAAGAAGCAAGGCUGUGGUCUUGCUCUUGACUGCAACAGGGCGCCUGUGAAGGCACUGUCGCAAGGGUGCUGGAUGGGAAGGUGAACACCCGGUUAGCAGCCAGCUUGCCCAGCUGACAGCUCAAGGUGUCCAGCCUUCCCCCAGCACCACCAGUUCCCCAUCUUCCUCAAACCCAGCAC